UAAAAACCCACACUUUUCGCCAUUGAAACCUAAAACCCAGCAGAAGUAAGCAAAGAAAUUCAGGCAAAAUGGGUAGCAACCAAGCCGCAGUCUCUUUCUUGACCAACCUCGCACGCGCCGCUUUUGGUCUCGGCGCUGGCGCCACUGUCCUCAACGCUUCUAUGUACACAGUCGACGGCGGCCAAAGAGCGGUGAUAUUUGACCGUCUAAGGGGAGUAUUGGAAAAAACGGCCGAUGAAGGAACUCACUUUUUGAUCCCAUGGCUCCAGAAACCUUUCAUCUAUGAUAUCCGCAUGAAGCCCCAUACCUUCUCAUCUGUCUCUGGAACUAAGGAUCUCCAAAUGGUUAAUCUUACCCUUCGAGUUCUUUCUAAACCUAAGGUGGAGAAACUUCCUGAAAUUUAUCAACACCUUGGUCUAGAGUAUGAUGAGAAAGUGCUUCCCUCCAUUGGCAAUGAGGUCUUGAAAGCUGUGGUUGCACAGUUCAAUGCUGAUCAGCUUCUCACCGAGCGUCCCCAAGUGUCGGCCUUGGUCCGGAAUUCUCUGACACAGCGUGCAAGGGACUUCAACAUUGAGCUAGCCGAUGUUGCAAUCACGCAUUUGUCAUAUGGUUCUGAGUUCUCGAGGGCAGUGGAGCAGAAACAGGUGGCACAACAGGAGGCAGAGAGGUCGAAGUAUGUUGUGGCAAAAGCUGAUCAGGAGAGGAGGGCUGCUAUCAUCCGUGCAGAAGGAGAAAGCGAGGCUGCAAAGUUGAUUUCUGAAGCAACUGCAACUGCUGGUAUGGGGCUGAUUGAGCUGAGGAGGAUCGAAGCAUCGAGGGAAAUCGCUGCAACUCUUGCGAGGUCACCGAAUGUGGCAUACCUGCCUGGUGGUCAGAACAUGCUUCUUGCUAUGAACCCAUCGAGGCCUUGACAGCUGCUUGAGUGAUGGUAAUUUUCAUACCCCAUAAAUGUUUUAAGUGUGUAUUUGCUGACAUUGUUGUCUUCAUGUUGGUGGAAACCAUCACUUGAACUUGCUGAAAAUGUCUUGAUGUUAAAACAAGGAGGUUACUUACUAUUUGUCUUCCAA